AGAAGGGGCCAAAGUCGGAUCAUCAUCAUAACCGGCUGACUCAACCUUAGCUAGUGUCUCUGUCAGAGCGAAACCACCUUGCUGUCUUGUUUUAAGUCUGACAAGUGUCCACUACUGAACCAUGGGAAUGAAUGGUCAAGAUCUUAAGGUGUAACCUCAAGGCAUAGUGUGACUGCUUCAGGACCAUGGAGCCGGACGUGAUCCGCAUGUACUCCUCCUCCCCACCCCCAAUGGAGGACGGAGCUGAGGAAGAGGACGAUGAGUUUGGGGACUUUGGGGGCUUCUCUGGAGUUCCGACCAGCGCCAGCUUCAAUGAGUUUGACACCCCAGCGACCUUCAACCAGACCCCAGCCUUGGCCGCCACCUCACCACCCGAACUCCUCAACAAUGGAGGGGUGGUUGGGUUGUCAAACCUCAGCUCAGGUCCCGUGGGAAGGGGUCCCGUGGUCGAGCGCUCCAACUCCAAGUCAAAUGGUGUCGUGCCGGGUGGCUGCCAGUACGACAGUCCUUCGGAAAGAACUGUGAAUGUGGAGGAGUUGAAAAAGCUUGCCGACCACACUCGAGACAAUAAUCAUUCUACCUCCCUGGACAUAUCUGGGAGGGGUCAGACUGACCACAUAGACAAGCCUGUUGAUUGCAACGGUGGGGUCGCGGAGGUUCUGACCAACGGCUUUGCUACUUUUGAAAUAGAGGGAAGCCCAUCUUUGCAGAAAUUGAUCCACUCUAAAAAGAAAGGAACCACCACAGAGUGUGCAGACGACUGCCCUCCCAGCAGCCCCGAGGACGACUUUGCGGAUUUUUCUGCUUUUUCUAACGCAGACGUUCAAGGACACUCCAACGAGGUGACAAACCGCACGAGCGAGAACUUGGACAAUCCCAACCGGGACGAACGGCUGGCAGAGGACACCUGCCAGCAACAGAGGCAGCAGGAACACUCUAAUGUAGAGCAGGGAAUCAGCUCAGAGGACAACAUCAGGGACACUCACAUUACAACUGGAUCCAACGACAUCGCUGGCUCUGAUUCUCUAUCGCACCCUGCUGAGGCUCGAGACACUGACGAAGGCUUGAGCAAAGGGGGCGGGGGCUUUCAUAGAGACACUGCUAACUCUGAACAAAGGAGCGUAGAACCGGAAUUUGCACACGAGCACUCUGCUCCUGAGGUGGUUAUUAGUGAGGAUUCUGCCCCAGAGGAGGUUUGUAGUGAGGACUCUGUCCCCAAGGUAGUUUGUAUUGAGGACUCUACCCAAGAGGUGGUUUGUGGCGAGGACUCUGCCUCCAAGGCACUUUAUGUUGACGAACCGGUCACCCAGAACGGUGUGGAUUUGGAGCAGUCGGAAGAGGAGGGGGCAGAAGAAGAGGCAGGUGUCAGUGAAAACAGGAUUUUGCCCGAUACAGACGAUGAAGAUGGGAAUGGUGAGCAAGCAGACGAGAAGCCGGGGUCCGGAAACGAAACAGAAACAGAGACUGAAACGUCUUUCGGUCGACCGCUGUCCACGGACGCCCUUGAGGAGUACGGUGACAUCAGCACGACGGGCUCGGUGCCCUCGCCGCCGCUCCAAGAGGAGACGGCCACGCCUGCUGACCACAGCCAACUGCCGGAGGACGACGAUGGUGAAGACUUUGGUGACUUUGGAGACUUCGGGGACGUGGCCUCUUUUAGCGGACAGGGCUUUGCUGACUUUGACCAGCCAGAGUUGCAACUAGAGGAACUCACACAGGGACUAGUGGACGACGACAAAGACUUUGGCGAUUUCGACGCCCCCAACAGCCACAUUGGUGGUGGGAAGGCAAUUGAGGACGAAGAUGGGGGGAAGUUUGCAGAUUUUCCCGGCAGCGACAGUUUUGCCGACUUUAGCUCAGCUCCUGUUGGUGCCGACCCUGAUGCAGAUGCUGGUUGGAAUGCCUUUGAUGAGCCUGAACAGGGUCAAGGGGAGGGCGAUUCCUGGGCUGCAUUUGGAGGGGAGCCGACCACCGCUGCUCCUUUGGAAACGGGUGAAGACGACUGGCAGGAGAGUGAACCUGUAGCAGCCCCUCCACCCAGCAGCCAUCAGAUCAGUAGGAGAGACAGUCAACCGGCAGGGCUGUGCAGUCGGCUGGAGAAGCUCUUUCAGGAAAUGUUCCCCGACGCACCUGCCCCGCAGGUGGGGGAGGAGGUGCUACCCCUCAAAAUCCUGCUGGAGCCUCCUGCGAGGUUACAGCAGGAAGUGCGUGAAAUGAAGAGCAGUGUGCCAGACAAUGGGGUCGUGGGGGACGUGUUGUGGAGGCAACUGCUGGACAUCCACGAGGCGUUUGGCCUGCGGCACCAGUGGGGCGGCUCGCACAGCAACAAGACACUACUCUGCUCCCUGGGCAUCGACAUUAGAAACAUUCUGUUCACAGGUCAGAAGAAGCAGCCAGUGAUAGUUCCCAUGUAUGCUGCCAGCCUGGGCAUGCUGGAACCCACCAAAGAGCCAGUAAAACCCAUAUCAGCGGCAGAGAUGAUCGCGUCCAUAGCACAACAAGCACCUCCAGUGGCCCCAGCAGAGAUCAUAAGCACUAGUCCACCAUACACAGCCCAGGAAGUGCUCCCGCCCGUCCAGUUUGACUGGAGCAGCAGUGGCCUUACUAACCCCCUGGACGCGAGCGGAGGCUCGUCUCUGCUCAACCUCGAUUUCUUUGGGCCCGUGGAGGACUCUGGCUCUAGCAGCUCCACCUCCAUCCCAGGUGUGGACCCGGAGCUGUAUGAGCUAACCACCGCUAAACUGGACCCCAGUGGCUCUGGGAGCCGUGUGGCUGACGCCUUCGCCCGCCUUAUGUCUACUAUGGAGAAGACCAGCACCUCGACCAGAAAGCCCCGGAAAGAGGAGAACUUAAGUGAGGAGGCGUUGAAGGUGAUUGCAGGGCUACCAGACCUGUCCUUCAUGCAGGCCAAGGUGCUGAUGUUCCCCACCACGCUGACCCCCCUGGGCAGCUCCUCUGACCCCACACCCGACUGAUCCACCACCCCCCUCCAUUAAUGCCCUUCUCCUCCUUAACACUGUCUGUCAUUCUAUCACUAUAUCAUGAAGUUAUCAUUUUUGCUUCCAUGCCAUCAUUGUUUUGUUAUUUUCUCCCUUUUUAUGUUUUGUUAUUUUCAGUUGUAAUCUUUUUAAUCAAGUGAAGCAUUUACUGAUUGUCCUUGUGAGUGGAGAAUGGUUAGUCAGACCUGGACUAGGCUAAGCCUGUAAAGCGAGCUUUGUCAAUAGAACAAGAGAACAUAUUAAAAUAGUUUGUUUAAUUUAUAGAUCAAGGUCCUAGAGAGAGGCCGUUUGUUUAUAAUAGGAGAAUCAAUGUGUACAUAAUCAGGGACAAAUUGCGUUGUUUUUUUGAAGGUGGUUUUUACGUUUCUCAUUGUGGUGGGCGUGUCAAUUUUUGUCUUUGUGAGGAAAUGAAACACUGGUUGAACCUCUUCAAAGCGAGGCUCGAAUAAAGUGAAGUGGGAUAUACACUGAGUGUUCAAACCAUUAGGAACACCUUCCUAAUAUUGAGUUGCUCCUCCUUUUUCCCUCAGAACA